AUGCCACUAAGCCUGCUUAUACAAUUGCUUAUAAUCUAUGCAAUUUUAUAUUUAUCAAAUUGUGACAAUCAAUUCUAUCGGAUUCAACCUAAUGAUGUAUCUGCUUUAGUUGGUUCUAAUAUAACUAUUCCAUGUGUAAUUGCUCUACCUCAUGGAGAUGUUCAAUGGACUAAAGAUGGUCUUGCAUUGGGUUAUGAUCGACAAUUACCUGCAUUUCCAACUUGGUCUAUAAAUGGUGAUGAAAAUCGCGGGGAAUUUAAUUUUAUGAUUCAAUCAUUAAAAUUAGAAGAUGAAGGUGUAUUUGCUUGUGAAGUUUCACCUUAUAAAGAUGCACCAGCACUUAAACAAGUUGCACAUAUUCGAGCACUUGUACAACCACAAUAUGUACAAAUUCAUGAUCAAUCAAUAACAAAUCAAAGUUCAAUGAUAACAGUAAGAUAUGAUGAAACAAUUCAUCAGGUUCAUUGUCAAGUUGAUGGUGCUAGACCAGCAGCUCAUAUUAAAUGGUUUAAUGAAACUGGUCAUGAAUUUCCAGCAGCAUCACGAACAUAUACCCAAAAUCGUCUCUUUUCAACGACUAGUACAUUAACAUUUGUACCAUCAUUAUUAUUCGAUAAGAAACGUUUUACAUGUCAUGUUCAUCAUGAAACAUUACUUGGUAAAAUCAAUAAACUUUAUACGUCAAUUGAAAUUAGAAUAACAUCUCCACCAAAUCGUCCUAUGAUUUAUGGUUAUACAUCAACAUAUCGUUUACUUAAUGGUUCAUAUUUAACUCUAUCGUGUCAAUCUUUUGGUGGUAAUCCAUUAGGAAGACUUUCAUGGUAUCGAUUAGACAAUGAACAUAAACGAUUAAAUCUAAUUGAUAACUCAUCGAUUAUAUUUCAACAACAAAAUCUUACUAUAAAUAAUAUAUCAAUGAUUAUAACACCUUCAGAUAAUAAUAUGACAUAUUCAUGUCAUGUUACUAAUGAUUAUCUUUUUUCAUUAGAUCAAAUAUUACAAACAAAUAUUACCGUACAAGUUGCUUUCGGUCCAUCAUUUGUAUAUAUUCGAGAUAAUAAUAUGAGUGCAACAACAUUAAUUGAAGGAACUCCUCGACAAUUUAAAUGUCGAACUUCAUCGUCCAAUCCUCGAUCAAUUGUAACUUGGAAAAUAAAUGGACAAAUUCUUUCUCCUGAUAUUGAUCCAUUAGAAGAACCAGGAGAAUUUUCUGGUACAGUAGUUCAAAUAACAAAAACACUUGGUUUAGAUAAAUCAUUAAAAGAAUAUCAUAAAAAAAUCUUAACAUGUGAAGCAAGAAAUCCUGAUACAGGUCAUACUGUUAUUGAUACAACACAAUUAAAUGUUAUUUAUGAUGCCACAAGUAUCGAAAUGCAUGGAAUAAUACAAGAUAAAAUAAUAAAAUCAGGUGAUACACUUACAGCUGAAUGUAUACUUAAAGGAGGACAUCCAUUAGGAAAUAUUGUUUGGUAUAAAGGUGGUGAAUUACUUCAAUCAGAGUAUACAACUGGAACUAACGGAGAUUAUGCGACAAGUCAAGUGAAAUUUAUUGUGUCAUCUUCAGAUAAUAAUCUUCCAUUGACAUGUAAAGGACAAGUAGAUAGUUUUCCACAAAAAUUUGCAUCGUUUAUAUUGAAUAUUACCUUUCUUCCUGAUGAAAUAACGAUUAUCGGAAAUGAAUUUUUUUCAAAUUUAUCAAUGAAUAAUGAUGAAUCUCGUGAAUUUGAAUGUCGUACCUCAUCUUCAAAUCCUUCAGCACAAUUAAAGAUCACUCGUCAAACGAAUGAUGGACAAAAACAUUUAGAUAUUCAAUACAAAAAACCAAAAUCUUUGACUAAUGGAAAUAAUUCAAUUAAAUUUAUGUUACCACAAAUUGAUCUUUCUCUUCAUGGAAAUCUUUUAACAUGUGAAGCAAUAUUGAACAUCGGCAGUUUACCAUUAACCAAACAAGUUACAUACGUACUUAAUGUUAACCAUAAACCAUAUUUCCAUGAUUCCUAUACAUCGAUUGAAGUAAAAGAAAAUCAAUCAUUUAAUAUUACACUUGAAGCAAAUGCGUAUCCAAUGCCAAUUAGUUAUAAAUGGUAUCAUCCAUCGGGUAGACAAUUAAUGAAUGAUCAAUUGAAUAUAUUUGUUAAUCAAGGACAAUUAGCAUUAGUAAAUAUUCAACGAAAUGAUAAAGGAAUUUAUCGUUGUAUAGCCACAAAUAUUAUUGGUGAUACGGAAACUAAUUUUACAUUAAAUAUUCUUUAUGGACCAAUGAUUAGUCGAACUCAAGGAUAUUCUUUAACAGAAGCAUUAAUGCCUGGUUCAUCCGCAAUCCUUUUAUGUGUUAUUGAUGCAAAUCCAAUUAAUUUAAAUAGUAUACGAUGGUUAAAAGAUAAUCAAGAAAUAUCUUCUGAUCAUUGGGAAAAACGAGUCGAACAAAAUGAAAUAUCAUUAAUUCGAAAAUCUGUUAAUCGAGAAGAUGCUGGACAAUAUGUAUGUGAAAUAGAUAAUCAAUUAGGAAAUAGUCGUGCUACUUUACCAUUAAUUAUUCAAUAUGCACCGGAAAUUGAUCGAACUGAUCCAAGUCGAAGUAAAGCAGCGGCUGAUGCUGAUCGUUUAUUAACAGCAGAAUUUCACUGUCACAUAUCUGCUAUACCAAAACCAACAGUCGUAUGGAUGAAGAAUAAUCAAGUAGUACCAUCAUCAUUGAAAUAUCAAACAUUAUUUAAUGAUCAAAUUCUUUCAUCUUCAUUUUCACCUAAUCUCACAUUCGAAGCUAUACUUUAUGUAGCUAAUGUUACAAAAACAGAUUAUGGUAUAUAUCAAUGUAAAGCAGAGAAUAAAUUAGGUAUUGAUGUAUCCGAUAUAAUUUUAACUGGACUCACUGUACCUGAUCCUCCUAGUCAAGUUGAAAUAACAAAUAUUUCUCAUUCAUCAUUAUUAAUACACUGGAUACCAGGUUUUGAUGGUGGAUCACAACAAACAUUUCAAAUUCGUUAUCGUCUUUCAACUGAUAAUCGUUAUUCAUAUAUAUUUAUUCCAUUUGGUUUACAAUCGUAUGAUUUAAAAAAUUUAAGAUUAGGAAGUGAAUAUCAAAUAAGUAUUCGUUCGAAUAAUUCUCAUCAUUUAAGUGAAUGGACAAAUGAUAUUAUUAAAUCUACAUCACUUUAUUUACCAUCACCAUCAUUUUCAUCAUCAGAUCCAUCAACAACAAAAUAUUCAUUAACUUUUCUUAUUAUUAUAUUUAUGAUUGGUUUAUUAAUUAUCUUUAUUAAUAUAAUACUUGUUUUCUUUUUUGUUAUAAAACGUCGACGAUCACAUGUUACGAGUGAUAAUUCAUCAACAACAGGUACAAAUGAAACAGAAGCAAAUACAGUUGAUAUAUUUCAACCAAUACCAUCAAAUUUUUUCUUACCAACAGCAACAGCAACUCCAAUAAAUUCCUAUCAAAAAUAUGAAGAUGAUGAUAUACAACGACCAUUUGUAUCUUCAUAUUCAGCAGCAAAUAUGUCUAAUCAAGAUAAUACAUCAUCUUCAAAUGGAAUUAUUAAGAAGAAUCGUUACUCUCCAUAUGAUAAUUUUCGUGUACAUCAUUAUUAUCCAGCAAAUAGUGAUAAUAAUUUUGUAACAUAUCGAAGUUUUAAAGAUGGUAAUAAUAGUUCAUCAGAUAUACAUGGAUUUAUUAAAGCUGAAUUAGUUUAA